AUGUAUCGAUCUUCAAGCUCUCACUAUGAUGAUAGUAUGAAUGACAACUGGAUGCAUCGUGAUGUGUCUUCACUACACUGCUACGAUCGAAAUAGAUAUGAGCCUCAUAGAUUCGAACAUCAUUCUAUGCAAGGACCAUCUACCAUGAUGAGAGAUAAUGUUGGACCAUAUCAUACCGAGUCUUGGCGCCGAGGACCGUAUGGAACUCCAGAUGCGCGCUACCAAGAUGCUAAUAGUCCUGCACGUCAUCAUCCCUAUGAUUACUACCCUGCCGAUCCUCGUUAUCAUCAGGAUUAUAAUCAAUCUUCCUUUGUUCCGCGCGAACUUCCACCAAAUGGAAACCAAUUUCAUUCUCAUAGACCACCUCACAAUUAUGCUCUUAAUCGUCCUCAAGAACCUAAUCAAUUUCAACGGCGUUUCAAAGAUGAGGAUCGAUUCGGCAGAAAUCGGAAAUUUGAUACCCGCAGGAAUUUCAAAAACAGGAAAAAUAAACAGCUCAAAAAAGACGAUAAGGAUCAUGCAACUAGCUCGAGCACAGAUUUUGAACAAGAUGCUGCUAAGAUCAACACGUCAAGAGAACAGAGCCAACACCGUGCUGGUGUUUCAUCGAUGCUUCCGACUUCUAGCGAAACUGUGGCGAAUGUCAGUGCGUCGGAAAUUAAUCUUGACGGAUAUGCCAAUAAUAGUUGUGGAGAAGCUUCAACAAAUUCAAUUGGAAACUCGGAAAGAAGGGAAGAUACCCAAGAGAAAGUUGGUACAAAACUGAACAACCAUUGUGACAAGAAAUCAAGCCAAGACUUGAAAUCUCAAUCCAACGUGCAGUUAGAAACUUCUUUUCAAGAGAUGGAGCCAAACGAUACCAAUGAGUUUAAGGAUGAUAUUAGUCUGCAUGGUUCGGACAUAAGUGAUUUAGAUGAUGACUGGAGAGAGAUAAUCGAUCUAGUGGAUGGAAAAAUAAAACCAAGUGAUAUAUUAAACUCUCUGAAUCGUUCAGGAAACGAAAACAGAGACAUGUACAGAACGUAUUAG